UUGCUACUUUAUUUUUCAAUUGAAUCUUGAAUAUAGCUACUCAAUUGACCGACUCGAUUAAAAGAUAUCAUGCCGUUAGCCAAACAUUGGAAUUUCAAUAAAGAUGAAGAUCUUGUUUUAUCAAAUUUAAAGGGAUUUGUGCAUUCUAAUCCAGAAGUUAAACUAAUCCCAUCAGAAAAAGUUAUUUUCAAUCCAAACUCAGAUACUUCUAAAAAAGUUUGUUUGAUCAGUGGUGGAGGUGCUGGUCAUGAACCACUUCACGGAGGAUUUGUUGGUGAUGGGUUAUUAGAUGCUGCAGUUAGUGGGACUAUUUUCGCUAGUCCAAGCACUAAGCAAAUUAUGGCUGCGAUUAAAACUAAAUCAAAUAAAGACAAAGGAACCUUGGUUAUCACCAAGAAUUACACUGGGGACGUCUUGCAUUUUGGUUUGGUUGUGGAAAGAGCUAAAAGUGAAGGUUAUAAUGUGGAUAUGAUUCCAGUUGCUGAUGAUGUCGCGGUUGGUAGAGAGCAAAAUAAAAUGGUUGGUAGAAGAGGUUUAGCAGGAACUGCAAUUGUUCAUAAAGUAUUGGGUGCAGCUUCGCAGACCACUGGUGGUGACUUGAAAUCCAUUGUUGGUUUGGGACAUGCCAUUAAUAAUAAUAUGGUCACCAUUGGUGCCUCAUUAGAUCGCACUUCGGUUCCUGGUAAAAAUGGUGAUGAAAUUGAAUUCACCGGAUCAAAUGAAGCAGAGUUGGGAUUGGGUAUUCACAAUGAGCCUGGUCAAAAAUUAAGUCCAAUUCCAAAUAUUGAUGCUUUAAUUGAUGACAUGUAUCAUAAAUUAUUAUCUCCCGAAGAUAAGGAUCGUCAUUACGUUGAAUUUGAUUUGAAAAAUGAUGAUUACGCUUUAUUAAUCAACAACAUUGGUGGUACUUCUUCUUUAGAACUUUACGCCAUUGCUGAACAUGUUGUCAACAAGUUACCUUUAUCUAAAAAACCAAGCCGUGUUUUAAUUAGUGAUUUUGUUACCUCUUUAAAUUCUCCAGGUUUUUCAAUCACUUUAUUAAACUUAUCUAACAUUUCCAAGUCUGAUGACACCUCUUUUGAUUCGAAAGAUAUCUUAUCAUUUUUAGAUGCUCCAACAAACGCUCCAGGUUGGAAACCAAAACAUUUUAAACCUGAAAGUUGGGAUAAAUCUGAACACACCCAAUACGUGGAUACUCCAAUGAAACAUGAAAAUCAAGUAACCUCUACAUUGAAAAUUGAUGGCUCUUCUUUUGCUUCUUCCCUCAAAAACUCCCUCGAAAAGCUCUUGAAAGAAGAACCUAAAAUUACCCAUUACGAUACCGUCGUUGGUGAUGGUGAUUGUGGGGAAACCUUGGCUGCCGGUGCUAAUGCUAUUUUGGACGCAUUGAAAAAUGAUUCGUCUUUCAAAUCAAACCUCUCUGAUCCAGUUGCUACUUUGAGCAAGAUCACCGAGAUUGUUGAAGACAACAUGGGUGGUACUUCAGGUGGUAUUUACUCAAUCUAUCUCACUGCCCUCGUGAAAAACUUACAAAAGGCUGAACAAGUUGAUACCAAAUCUAUCGCUCAAGCUUUGUAUGAUGCUUUAUACGACGGCUUAUUCAAAUACACCAAGGCUAGAGUUGGUGGUAGAACCCUCAUCGAUACUUUACAACCAUUCGUUGAUACUUUACAUAAUUCUGGUAACUUGAAGGAUUCCGUUUCCCAAGCUAAAAAGUCAUGCGAUGAAACAAGAAACUUACAAGCUAAAUUUGGUAGAGCCAGUUAUGUUAAUGAUGACGAAUUCAAAUCAGAAGAAGGUGGUAUUCCAGAUCCUGGUGCAGUUGGUUUAUUGGCCAUCAUUGAAGGAUUUGUGGAAUCCGUUUAACUCUUAUAACUGAAUAGCCCCCAAUACAUUUUACUCUCAAGUGUAUGCAAUUCUAAGAACAUUGUAACCUC